CGACGACUUUUGCCCGAACGCGGCGCAUGCGGUCCACGCUCGCCUCGCCGCCGCUCCGUUCCGCUCCGUUCCGUGCACGUACAACGUAUACGUAUCGUACGUGUACCUGUCAUGGAUUCCGAGGAUCGACCGCGGCCACCGCGGGCACGCGUGAUCGCGCGAUUUCCUGCGUGAGAGAGUCACGCGUCGCACGCACGCGCGCACGACGAGCGGUGCCUGACGUACACGAGGAGGAAACGCAGAGCGGACGCCGUAGACGAGGUCGCCGUGGACCAGGCGUUAUCGUCGUCGUCGUCGCUGUCGUCGUCGUCGUCGUCGCCGUCGUGGUGGUGGAUCAUGAGCGUCGCGAUGACGUCGCGCGGAGGAAGGUGCUGUCGCCGCCGCCGCAGCCGCUGGUAAACGCGUCGCGACGCGCGGAGACGCGCUCUGCCGUCCCUGGGAGAGGCGUCGAGAUGAUCAUCCACGACGACGUCGGGCCCUCUGUUCUCACUCGGAGCACGGAUUCCCAGAGUUGAUCGAUCUCCCGCUACAGGUACAAACACUCUGGUCAUCGUUGAAAAAGAGAAGAGGAAAAACGGGACACAUUAGAGAGUAUUGAAUGUGCAACGGACCAUUAUUUAAAAGCCGACGGCUUCUAGACCC